AUGAGGCCAACCGCGGUCAGACGUGCAGCAGCAGCAGCAGUGAAGACGCACCAUAAAGUCCUUGUCGUUGGCGGAGGCGAGUGGUCGGGCGGCUUGAGUGUAGCAAAUCAAAUCUACAAUAAAUUCAAAACAGAAGGGAAAGCCUUCUCCGUCGGCGAUAUUGCAAUCGUGGAUGGUGCUGAGUUCCAUCACUACCAACCCGGCUGGACCCUCGUUGGCUCGGGAUUAAAGGAUAAGUAUGCACUCCGCAGGCGGCUUGCAGACCUGGUCCCCUCGCAUAUUGCCCUCAGGACUGAAAAUGUUACAUCGUUUUCCCCAGAGGCCAAUAAGGUCACAACUGAAAGUGGCUCUGAGAUUGCGUACGACACCCUUGUCGUUGCCGCUGGACUCAAGAGCAACUGGGAUGGCAUCACGAAUCUUCGGAGGGCUUUGGCAGAUCCCCAAUCCGGCGUGUCCUCCAUCUACUCCUUUGAGACGGCUGAUAAAACGUGGAGUGAUAUCGAUGCACUGAGGACCGGAAAGACUAUUUUCACGCAACCCGCUGGAAUCAUCAAGUGCGCAGGUGCUCCUCAGAAAAUUAUGUGGAUGGCAUGGGAUCGGUAUCGACGCACUGGGAGGAGAGAAAAGAUUGAUUUGGAGUUUGUCACUGGCGCACCCACCAUGUUCAGCGUACCAAAAUACUCAGAAGCCCUCAACAAGCUUCGAAUAGAGCGCGGGAUUGAUGGUCUUUUCGGUCAUAAUCUCGUUUCCAUCGACCCUGCAAAGCGUACGGCAACUUUCAAGUCCGAGAAGGGUAACGUUGAGAAGGAGUACACGUUACUACAUGCCGUUCCACCGAUGGGUCCUCCGGAUUUCAUCAAAUCCUCUUCCCUUGCGGAUUCCGCAGGAUGGGUUGAUGUGGACCAAGCGACCCUCCAGCACAAGAAGUAUAGCAAUGUUUUCUCACUCGGCGACUCAUCCAGUCUUCCAACAUCGAAGACUGCUGCUGCUAUAACUGCACAGGCUCCCGUGUUAGCCCACAAUUUAUACACUUUUCUUGAAUCAGGUUCCACGGGGAAGGCGUCAUAUGAUGGUUAUACUUCAUGCCCGCUGCUGACAGGUUAUAACGGGCUCAUGCUCUGUGAAUUUAAGUACGGCCUGCAGCCUGAAGAAACAUUUGCGAAGGCGCUUGGUAUGGAUCAAGCGGUUCCGCGACGGGCCUUCUAUCAUCUCAAAAAGGACUUCUUCCCUUGGGUGUAUUUCAAUCGAAUGGUCCAUGGUCAAUGGUUUGGCAAGAAUGGUUUUAGGGCCCCCAAGUUUGCUCCGGCCUAGAGUGUUCGGUGCAAGCAAUAUUAGCCCCAUUCAAUGUGUCUCGCUAUAUGAUGUCCUAUCAUUGUCCGCUCCAGUUCUUGCAAUGUUCAAUUCAGUUCACGGUUUGUUUAUGUUGGGCCGGACUUAAAACUUAACUCCGGCCUGUUUUCUC